GGUUGGGAGCAGUACUUUUCCAUAAAUUCCCAGAUGGUUCAGAACGAAUCAUAGCAUUUGCCUCCAGAACUCUAUCUCCAAAGGAACAACGUUACUCUCAAAUUGACAAAGAAGCUUUGGCAAUCGUUUGGAGUGUUAAAAAGUUUUACCUCUACUUAAAAGGAGAUAGAAUCACUUUGAUUACUGACCAUAAGCCCCCGGUUUCAAUCUUUUCACGUAAAAAGGGUCUCACAGUCCCUUCUGCAACAAGACUUUUGCAUUAUGCUCUUGUUCUGCAAGCUUAUAAUUUUGAUAUCAUUUAUCGCAAUACAAAGGACCACGGCAAUGCUGUCUGCUUAUCACGUCUACCAUUGAAAUCUGAAGAACUGGAAUUAAAAGAUGAUAUUGCAGUAUACCAAAUUUCCCAAAUUGAAACCUUACCCGUUACUGCCAAAGAUUUAGCAAAGGCCACUCAGUUCGAUGAACACUUGGGGAAACUUAUUAAAAUAUUACAAUAUGGAGGUCAAUUAGAAGGGAAGGAAAAAUAUACCUUACAGGAUGGGUGUAUUAUGUAUGGGCAACGAGUAUGUAUUCCAGACUGCUACAAAGCAAAAAUAUUACACGAGUUGCAUCAUGGGAAUCUUGGUGUAGUAAAAAUGAAAGUAAUUGCCAGAGAUCUUACGUGUAUUGGCAAGACGUCGACCAAGACAUAG